ACAACUUGCCGUAGGCGAGCGGAACUCAGCGUUACACCGUUGCUUGCAGGUUGGCAGGACGGUGGUUGCACGUUAGCUGCACGUCGCUGGGCUCAAAUAUUGCAGAACUGCAUUAGCGAAGUAAAUGGACGAGACCGGCAAUAGACAAACAAUUUGCCAUCUUAACUCUCCGUAGCUCUCAGACCAGGAAACGCGGCAGCUGAAGAGAAUCGCGUCAGUCGAGGUUAGCUGUUAGCAUGCUGCUAUGUCGCAACCAAUAACAUUGCAGCUGGGUGUUUGGACACAUUGGGUGUAGCACACCUGAAUCAGCAUUAACUGCGGAGUAAAAAAAACAAGAGAUGGCGGUGUCGGUGCGGGGGCUCUACUUUGUCGUGACCCUUUUUUUGGGUAGCUUCUUUGGAAGUAUCUUCAUGCUGGGUCCAGUUUUACCCCUCAUGCUGGUUUCUCCUGCUUGGUAUCGCUGGCUCACGGAUCGAAUAGUUGCCACCUGGCUUACCCUUCCUGUGUCUUUGCUGGAGCUUGUUUUUGGGGUGAAGGUGGUGAUUACAGGUGACGGCUUUAUUCCGGGUGAGCGGAGUGUGAUCAUUAUGAACCACCGCACUCGUCUGGACUGGAUGUUCCUCUGGUGUUGUCUGCUCAGGUACAGCUACCUUCGUCUGGAGAAGAUCUGCCUCAAGGCCGGACUAAAGGCUGUGCCUGGCUUUGGCUGGGCGAUGCAGGUGGCCUGCUUUGUCUUUAUCCACCGUCGCUGGGAUGUAGACAAGAAACAUUUGGAGAACAUGUUGGACUACUUCUGCGACAUAAAAGAACCCCUGCAGCUGCUUUUGUUUCCUGAGGGUACAGACCUCACUGAGAACACCAAAACAAAGAGCGAUGCAUUUGCUGAAAAAAACAAGCUGCCAAAGUUGGAGUAUGUGCUUCAUCCCCGCAGCACCGGGUUCACCUUCAUUGUGGACAAACUACAAAAAGGAGACAACCUGGACGCCGUCCAUGACAUAACGGUGGCAUACCCCAAGAACAUUCCCCAGACGGAGCGCCAUCUCAUACUGGGCCAUUUUCCACGGGAGAUUCAUUUCCACGUCAUCCGUUACCCCGUCUCCUCCCUUCCCGCCGCCUCCUCUGAUCUUGAGUUAUGGUGUAGAGAACGUUGGGCGGAAAAAGAGGUCCGCCUGCGGGACUUCUACUCAAGCCAGCCCCGGGGGUUUGUCCGGGACGGCGUUGCACUCGUGCCACCUUGUAAAUCGGAGCUCCGAGUGUCUCUGAUCAAAGCUGCCUCACUGCUGUACUGGACUAGCUUCAUCGCUCUGUGCUUCACCGGCCUGUGGCUCUGGACUCCCGUCAGGCUGUACUGCCUGGUCAUGAUCGCCGUGUACGUGGUCCAGCAGAAGUUCUUUGGAGGGAUGGAGCUGCUGGAGUUAUCUUUCCAUCAAUACUGGAAGUCCAGGAGUGAGAACGCUGGUCCUGGUAAAAGGGAGCAAGAUGAAAAGACAAAGUGAUGCGAGAAAAAAAAGGAAAAGAAAAUUGGCAAUGGCGUGCUUCCACUCCAUCAUGGAGUUAGAGCUCAGUUCAGAGAAAACAGAGAUCUGAAAACUCCAUUUAAAAAACAGAAAAGGUAGUGAGCCCCCUGAUGGAAUGCAUGGCCUCUAAGGAUAGCUUUCAGUUCAGUCAAAAGAAAAAAUGAGGGAAUGUUAAGUACAUUUAUUCCUUGCUGGGUUCAAGGAAUUCACCUCAUGCGAUCCAUGUUAUGUCUUUUAUCCACAGCUUUUUAGCUUGCAGUCAUUUUAGCAUUCUGUCAGGUUUAUAGCUGGACGUCCAGGAUCUCAUGAAAACCAUCGUAUUGUAGAUUGUUUUUUUAUUUUAUUUUAUUCCAAGAAUGGAGCAGAGCCAUAGUACAGACCAUCUGUACACAUAACCAUGACUUGACUUUAAUCAUCAUUCAAUUGAGCACUUGAAUUUGUCCUGAACUGCUGUCUUUUAGCAGCAUCAGUGUCAAUCUAAAUGAACUUUGUGGUCUGUACAGUCGUUCAGGUCAAACAUAGUUUACAGUUUUUACUAAAAAAGAAAAAAAGAGAUUCUGGUCUUUUAAUGACCACAUUUAAACUAAAUUAGACACAAAAAAGCCAAAAUUAAGAGAAAAUGUUCAACUUUCAAGAGACCAAACAGAAUGUAGGGGAUGGGGGGGGGGGGGGGGGGGGGAGAAUGUCCUGCUGGGACAACAGGAUCCUUCUGUGUUUUAUGUGCCACAAAGAGCCAGACUUGGAGUGGAAAACUGAAGGCGGCGUAAUCUAAAAAUCCUGUAAUGGCCACCUCUGGGUUAGUCUUUUAUCUGCCGGACAAAGAUUAAUAGAGGGGGGGGGGGCGGCUAAAUUCAAUUUGCAAGUGACUGUGGCGAAACCUGGUCUGACAGUGCCAUAAAAGGACAGAAAUUGAAAUAAGUUCGAAGCAGUGCUUCAGCUGGGCUUUUAUCCUGGGACAUGCCGUCUGUCCCGCCGUCCUCAUUGCAAUCACAAUCGCAAACCUCGCCGUUUUCUGUAGGGAACUCUGACAUGACAGCAGUUCCUGGAACACUGUGCAACGUGUGCUGUAGCUUUACUUCUGCUUAACUUUGCAAGACAAAUCCCUGUUGUUUCACUUUACAGAAGUCCUUUUGUGCAUUUGCAGUUUUGACGUAUUGUCGUUGAGGUGUGAAAGAAACUGAUACAAGUCACUGUGAUACUGUCAACAACAUUAUUAUGCUUUUCACCAAACACCGUGGUACAUCGUCCCUCGAAUUGCUCCCAAUUCUGCUAAAAUGUUCCCCCUUUUUUUGUUUUUUUAUUGUGUUGAGUUGAUUCUUUUUCUGUGAUUUUCUGAUAAUGGACCUCUGAAUUAUCCUCAGGUAAACACGGUGGACACUCAUACAAGUCAAACGUAUAUCAAAAUAAAAAUCUCUCAUCUA